UUGCGUGCCAUAGGCAAAGGCAAACCCAAUCCUUUUGCUGCUCCUUACUGAGUGAUACAACAAUCCCCAGGUGUCUGCUGAGAACCUGAUUGGCCUCAGCAGGGCCCGUUGCCCACACAAUGCCAUCUUUGUGAACUUUGAUGAUGGAGAAAUCCCAACUGAACCACUGGAUGCUGCUGUACAGACCUGGAAGGAAGCGUGCAACAAACCUGUGAAUAAACAGGUCUCUACAUUUUCAUAAUUACUGGCUAGUGAGACCUUUAGCAAGCUCAACAACCUCCCAAGAGUGAGGCCAGAAUCCAAACCAGCUGGUAAUACACCAGAGAAGAAGAAGACGAAGAUGAAGAAGACGAAGAAGACGAGAGGGGAAGUUCCAUUCUCAAGCCUCUCUGUGUGUGGGUAGUUUGACCAUGAUGAUGGCCAUGUGGGAAACAGAAUAGGCACCUGAGGAGGUUUGGCCUCCAGCCCACAAGAGCAGCACCUGCAGGGCUCUCACAAGGCAAUGCCAGUUCUACCUCAGCCAUGGACUGGCCUCAGGCUACUGAAGGACAAGCGUGUGGAGGCUCCUCUGGUUCACCUCAGAGCCAAGGCUGGCCCAUGGCAUUGUACACACCCCUGCCCCCCUCACUCUAUAUAUACCAGCUUUCCAGCUGGGCACUGUCUCCUCAGGUGUGCCCUCACCAUGGCUCGCUGGGGGAUCCUGUGCUUGGCCUUGUGCUCCUCCCUGGGGGUGGCCUGGGCUGCGACCCUGGGUGUGGUGCACACCGAGGGCGGUUUUGUGGAAGGCGAGAGCAAGAAACUGGGACUCUUUGGGAGCUACGUCGACAUCUUCAGAGGGAUUCCCUUUGCUGCCCCUCCAAAGACUCUGCAAGACCCUGAACCUCAUCCUGGCUGGGAUGGAACAUUGGAGGCAAAAACAUUCAAGAAUCGCUGCAUGCAGAUGACACUCACCCAGUCUGAUGUCCGUGGGAAAGAGGACUGUCUCUACCUGAACAUGUGGAUCCCUCAAGGCAGGAGACAGGUCUCUACCAACCUGCCUGUGAUGAUCUUCAUCUAUGGUGGAGCCUUCCUGGUGGGAGGGAGCCAGGGAGCCAAUUUCCUGGAUAACUACCUGUACGAUGGCGAGGAGAUCGCCGUGCGGGGCAACGUCAUCGUGGUCACCAUCAACUAUCGCCUGGGGCCCCUGGGCUUCCUGAGCACGGGAGACGAAAACAUGCCAGGGAACUACGGGCUGAAGGACCAGCACAUGGCUAUUGCCUGGGUGAAGAGGAACAUCAAGGCCUUUGGGGGUGACCCAGAAAACAUCACCAUCUUUGGGGAAUCGGCCGUGGUGGAUGAUCCCAACAAGGGGAAUUCAGACGUGCCCGUUUCCUGGCCAGCCUACACCAGCAAGGGCACUUACUACCUGGAGAUCAACAACAAGAUGAACAAGAACUCCGUGAAGCAGGACCUGAGAUCCCGGUUUGUCACCUUCUGGAACUCGGUCUAUCGGAGCCUGCCCCAGGUUGCCAACCUCACCCAGUCGGAUUUCAUGUUCUGAAAUUAAGA